AUGUCGCUUUCAACCGAGUCUAACUCUUCGCAAAAACUGUGCGCUCCGAGACCAUUGCGGCGUUGCCGUAGCGCUUCGCCGGUGCCCCCGAUUCGGCCACCAAUCAUCUCUCCAGAGCGUCAGAAUCUUCUCAAAAAAUCGUGGAGUCGCGUUCCACGCCAACAAUUUGGCAGAUCCGUUCUUCAAUGCUUCAAUUCGUCAGUCGGAAGUUCGAAAAACUUGUUCGUCGAUAGCGAAACAGCGCUUCGCCACAAUAAAUACUUUGUGGAUUUGGUUCAGACAUGCAUUGAAAACUUAGCUGAUCUCGAGAAAGGUCUCAAGCCGUGGUUGGACACGAUUGGAAGAGGACAUGCCGGAUUUAAAAUCACAGCAAAACAUUGGGAGAAGUUUGGUGAAUGCCUUCUAGCAACAAUCUCCGAGUGGAUUGGCCCUGGAAAACAGCAUAAGGAAACGAUCAAAGCAUGGAUGGUUUUGUCAUCAUUCCUCACGGAUCGUCUAAGCGCCGCAAGCCGCACCGCAACUCAUUCACCUAUGCUUACACCACGUGUUCAACUGAUGACCGGUAAGUCACAAUUCGAAUGGAGCUAA